CUUGUAGAAACAGAAACUCUACAUCCAAUAAGCAUGGCUUCAUCAAAGAUCCUUGUUUGUUUGUGCAUUUUCCAUGUCCUCAUUGCCACUUCUUCACUAAUCCAAGCAGCCCCAACAAACUCGAAGCUCUUCAGAGAAUACGUAGGAGCUGAUGGCAACAACAUUCGUUUUUCAGAUGUACCCAUUAAUCCCAAUGUUGAUUUCCAUUUCAUCCUUUCCUUUGCCAUUGACUACACAAACACAGCUUCCCCUACCCCAACUAAUGGUGACUUCAGUGCCUUCUGGGAAACCAACAACCUCAGCCCAUCUCAGGCUUCUUCCAUCAAGGCCCGCCAUCCAAAUGUCAAGUUAGCUAUGAGUCUUGGAGGUGAUACCGUUAGCAAUCACACUGUCUUCUACAGCCCUGCAACAAUAAGUUCUUGGGUUAGAAAUGCUAUUAGUUCAAUCAAUCGGAUAGUCAAAGAAAACAAUUUGGAUGGAAUUGACAUCGAUUAUGAACACUUCCAUGCUGAUCCCAAUACAUUCGCCGAGUGCAUGGGACAGCUAAUAUUCAACCUCAAACAAAGUAAGAUUGUGUCAUUUGCAUCGAUAGCACCAUAUGAUGAUAAUAAUGUCCAGCCACAUUACUUGGCUCUGUGGAGGAAGUAUGGGCAUCUAAUAGACUAUGUGAACUUCCAAUUUUAUGCCUAUGACAAGGGGACAACUAUUCCUCAGUUUCUACAACAUUUUGAGACUCAAACCUCAAACUAUAAAGGAGGUAAAGUUUUAGUGAGCUUCGGCACCGAUGCAAGCGGUGGCUUGAAGCCUAAAAACGGGUUCUUUACAGCCUGCAGCAUGCUCAAAAGUCAAGGUGAACUUCAUGGCAUCUUUAUUUGGUCUGCAGAUGACUCCAAGGCGAAUGGUUUCCCUUCCGAGAUGCAAUCACAAGCGCAAAAUGAUUUCUCAGCUGUAUUGUUGAUGAUGCGGGAAGUGCGCACUCCAAGUUGGCAUGGAGAUUUUGUUUAUGUUUAUUCAUUUUAUUUAUAAUUUUAUCAGGAUUAGUAAUAUUUGGUUUCCUAUUUUGUUAGAAUUUAGUUUCCUAUUUUUUAUUAGUGUUAUUAGCCUAUAAGUAAGAUGUUUUAACAAUCUCUUAGCCAACUUUGGCUUAAUAAUAUUGAGAUUAGAGCUGUGACCAUUGUGUUAGGAUUUCCUCCUCUCUCUUCUAUUCUUCUCCUACUGCGUUCUACAUCAAUUGUUUUGUAAUGAUGUCAAUUUUUUCAUUAAGAAGAUAAUAUGAAUUUGGCUUCUGCAAAUACUUUUUGGGGGGCUUUUAUAACCAAAUAAAUUUAUUGAGAAUUAUCUAAGAUCAAUAACAAUAAUUUUGAUACGAUUAUCUUAAUAUAAUGAUGUGGAGUCAGCCACAACAUUGGUCAAGACAUAUGUGUCAGCUAAUAAGACUAAAAUCUGUAUAUGUAGAGACAGAUUUUAUUUAUUUAAUUUUAAUAGUUGUGGAGGAUGGGAUGAAUUGUAAUUGUGAUCAAGUAUCACGGGGUGGGAAUGUGAGAAUCAUAAGAUGCUAUGAAUCCAAAAAGUACAAAUCUGAGUAACAAGGAUGAUAAUGUCCAAACCCUCAACCAUCCAAUUACCGGUAAGUUGAUACUUCCAGUUCAGCCCUGCACUUGCUAUUCAUAAUCUCUGGGUUCAACUCUAAAAAUCAAAAAUAUAUAUUUAUUCUAUUAUAUGAAACGUACAAAUAAGUUAGUGUGAACACUAUCACGAUUUUUAUUUUUUCAAGAAUGCCCUUCUAGCCUAGUAAUUGUCACCCCUUUCCACCCAAUUACUAUCACAUCCAAUAACUAUUAAAAUGAUUUCUCAUUCAUCAAACCAUCCAAACCUACUAAUAAAUUUUCCUCAAUAAUCAAAUUAUCAAAAAAUUUAAAUAUAAAAUUGCAAAUGCUACAUUUGCACCCACCGCUAGUAUACAUCUAGAUAUAUGGGCAAAUGCUUAGCAUUUUGGCCUAUUGACAAGCACAAUAAGGCCAAUAUUCUAAUGCCAACUGUUCUAGAGAAAAAACAUAAUCGUUAUUUUAUUAAAAGAUGAUCCCAAAGGGCGUCACCUCCCUAUCACACAAGUCCAAGCCAUGCCACACAUGUCUAGGCAAAUACCGGCGAAAAUAGAAAUAAUUUGAGCUCAAGUGGGAUUUGCCCUCAAGCACCCGGACUUGAGCGAAACGAAACCGGCUGCCAGUCGUCGUCACUGGUCAAUUUGAGGUAUAAGUAGCAAAUGGGUGAUUCCACACACUGGGCUGUGAUCUGAAACUGGUUUACCAUGCAAGCUUGAAAUGGUUUUCUCUACACGUCAUCAAGGACUUGUGGCUCCAAUGAGUCUAACCAUCUCACGUGCUUGGAAUUGAGGUGUCACCAAAUCUUAGGCUGACAUGGUUUGAGGUCUCAGCACCCUUUUGUACAUGUUUCUUUUGUUACUGCAUAGGUACAA